AUGGAUCUGAAUGUUCAUGAACAAAAACCCAAGGAGGAUCUGAUUGCUUCUCCUAAACUUAAAUGGGAUCUGGAUGAUUCAGUGGAAUUGUACCUCCCUGGUCCAAGCAUUCUCAAACCACGACAUGAAUGGGAUCUGGCUACUCCACUGGAUUUGGUCCCUUUAAACAUUCUUCAACUAGAGGAUCGUUUGAAGCAGUGUACACUGCUCAAACAGAGACAUGUCACCGAUGUCUGGCCCAGGGUCUUCAUCGGAGACGAAGAGACUGCAACAGACCGAGAUAUGCUGCAGGAGAUGUGCAUCACUCACAUUCUGAAUGCUGCAGCGCCCAAAAAGGACUUGAACUUCUUCUUGGGAACAUCUUAUGUUGAAGACAUAGAAGGAACAGUCAAUACAGGGUCUAGAUAUUACAGAGGCUUGCACAUCAAUAAAUACAGCUUGCCUACAACAGACAGACACUGUUCUGACAUCAGCAAGUGUUUCAUGUCAGCUGCAAAAUUCAUUGACAAGGCCGUGAAUAAGCCAGGGAGUAAGGUGUUGAUUUGCUGCAAGCAGGGUGUCGACCACUCUGCGACUCUGUUUCUGGCAUAUCUGAUGAUCUGCCAUGACAUGAUGGUGGAGGAUGCCAUUGAUCACGUCAUAAAGUGGAGACGCAUCCAGCCCUCCAGAGACUUCCUGAAGAAGUUGAUGCUCCUCAAUGCUGAACUUGUGAACAAGCGAAAACUAAAGCUAGAGGACAUAAAGAAAGGCAAAAAGAGGAAAAAAUGGAUCCAUUACCAGAAGAUUUACUAG